AUCGCGUGCUCUUUGCUCAGCGAAAGAGUUGAAUGUGACGGAAGUAGGGAGAUAAGGGAAGCGCUUCAGCGAGCGAAGGCUGCAGAAGCCGGCCCCAGCAACACGGCGCUCGAAUAGAACCUUGCUCCGCAUUGUGGGUGGCUACACCGCGUUCCAGUAGAACCUUAUCCCGGAUCGCUUGCCGGAGAGCUGCAGUUUGCUGAUUUGGACCCCGGAGUGUGAGUGAGAGGGAGCACGCCAAUAAUGAGCAACUACACGGUCUCUCUGGUUGGCCCAGCCCCUUGGGGAUUCAGACUUCAAGGUGGCAAAGAUUUCAACAUGCCGCUGACCAUCUCCAGGCUGUCGGAAGGUGGGAAAGCUGCGCAGGCCAGUAUUGAGGUUGGAGAUGUGGUUCUGUCCAUUGACGGGGUCAGCGCGGAGGGGAUGGCUCAUCUGGCAGCGCAGAACAUGAUCAAGGCUUGCACUGGAUCUUUGAAACUCAGCCUUCAGAGGGCCACUCCUGCUCCUAAACCCACCGCAACGACUGUUCAAAAGGAUGAGUCCAGAGAACAUACAAUCCCUGUUGCAUCCAUCGCUCCUAUGGCCCUAAAGGCCCCACCGGCUGCCAGCUCCGCCUACAAUAAGACUGCUCGGCCUUUUGGUGCUACGUCAUCCCCGAGGGUCUCGCCUGCCCCCUAUGUCCCUGCUUCGUCACCCCUCACUCAGCCGCCGCCUCCGUCACUGGCAUCCACUGUCCAUCCCUCCCCCACUCCUCAGUCGGCUUCUCCUCAGCACGUGCAUGCCAGUGUCAAAGUUGGCACCAAUGGGCGCUCGCCACCGGUAACUGCUGCCAAAUCGCCAGUAACCUCAUCCGUUAAUGUCCCACGGCAGCCCAGGGCGUACAACACGCCCAUAAACCUCUACUCCUCUGACAAUGCCUUUGAGGUGGCAGAGGGACAGAAGAGAGGACUGAGAGACGGCCAGAGUGAUGCCAAGCCGCAAAAUGGGUCACCCAGGCGAAUUGUGACUGGUCCCCAUCCUGACAUCCAUCAUCAGUUCAGCGAUCAGAGCAAGAAGCGCUUAAUGCAAGACACCGAAGACUGGCAGCCCAAGACAGGCACAGCUCAGUCACGUUCAUUUUCUAUCCUUGCCCAGAUGACAGGCACCGAGCAUUCGGUAACGCCAGUGAGUGAGACUAACAAGAAGACAAGAGACAAUGUGGCUGAAAAUGAAGAAACUGGGUACAGCAUUGUGGAAAAUGUAGAGCCUCCUCAAAUUGCAUGCAUCAGCCAGCUAGUUGACGAGGAGGAUCCCGGCGCGUGCAACGCCAGUUCUCCACGGAUGCGCUCGGUGACCACGCAGACCGGCGAAACCCCUACACCACAGGCCUUGGAGCCUGGGGAGGGUGUGGCUGGGCCGGACACCACUGUGGAGAGUUGGCCAUCUGAUGGGGAUGGAAGCAAGCUGUCUCUUCCUGCUUCUGCUCCAGUGACUUCACUAGCCGCUCAAGAUCAGCCAAUCAGCCCAUCAUCUGGCCCGUCUCCUUCCUACUAUCUCUCAACUCCACCUCCUUUUCGAAAGAUCUGCUUGGACAACCCUUUAGAUGCUUUACCCAAGUCUGCUCCUCAUCCACCGCCAGUCCGCUGCGACCCGAAGGCCAAUACCUAUGUAGCUUCUCUUUCUGCUGUAAAGAUCAGUAAAGCUAGAUUCAUCCAAGGCAUGAACAUGGAGGUCUCAGUGAUGCCUUCAGGCCCUCCUCGUGCUACCGGAGACCAACCACACUCAGUAGACUCUGGGAAGCAUUCAGUGGCCGUGCAGACCUGUGAUGUUCUUGAUGAGCCCUGUCCUGCCCCGGCGUCUGUCAGAGACACAGACCCCACCAUUAUCAUUUCACCUGUCUCCAAAAGGACAAUUGUUGGGAAUCCGUUGGAAGCUCUGCCCAAAGCAGCUCCGCGUGUUCCAGUUGUGAAGCAGAGCCCUCUGGCCAAGAUUGCUGCCUCCACCAUCACUGCUGUACUUGCAGCUCAGGCCAGACUGUCUGAUCCUGUUGUAUCUCGUUCUCUCCUGGAUGCUCUGCUCAUUGCUCCGAUUAUCAAGCCGCCUCCUGCACACUCUAAACAGCCCAAACGCUUAUCCACCAGUUCUCUCUGUACACAGAAGGACAAGAGUGGAGAGCACCCUGAGGUUCUGCAACCCAUUGGCCCGGCAACAGCCUCUGUCAAACCCAUGUCAAAACCCAGCGGAGUCUGCCGCACCUCCCCUGCUGCUGCUGGAUCCGGCCCAACCUUCAAGCCCUCGGGAGUCCCUGGUGCAGCCAAGACAACUGUUUGGCAACCUGGAAACUCAGCAGUGAACAGCAUCUCCAAGACUACACUGCCGACUGCACAUGUCUCUCCUGCCAAUUCCACAUCCAACGCGAAGGUGCCCAGCACUACGGUGGACAAGCCACCACAGCAAGAUGAUAACACAUUGGUUCAAAUGGCCGAACACAUCCCUGCCGGGAACAGGACACCAAUGUGUGCCCAUUGCAACUUAGUUAUUAGGGGCCCAUUUCUGGUGGCCAUGGGCCGCUCUUGGCACCCGGAAGAGUUUACCUGCGCCUACUGUAGCCUGUCGCUGGCCCACAUUGGGUUCGUGGAAGAGAAAGGAUCUGUGUACUGUGAGAAGUGCUACGAGCAGUUCUUUGCCCCUGAUUGUGCCCGGUGCCAAAGGAAGAUCUUGGGGGAAAUCAUCAAUGCCUUGAAGCAGACUUGGCAUGUUAACUGCUUUGUGUGUGUGGCUUGCAUGCAACCCAUUCGAAACAAUGUCUUCCACAUGGAGGAUGGAGAGCCUUACUGUGAGAAAGAUUAUUAUAAUUUAUUUGGCACUAGUUGCCAUGGCUGCGACUUUCCCAUUGAAGCUGGAGACAAGUUCCUGCAAGCCUUGGGCCAUACUUGGCAUGACACCUGCUUUGUCUGUGCUGUCUGUUGUACAAAUUUAGAAGGCCAGACCUUCUUCUCGAAGAAGGACAAGCUAUUGUGCAAGAAGCAUGCUCACACAGUGAACGUCUAAACUGGACAAGGAGCUGUAAAGCAGAGGAAUAAAGAGAACAUUUGGAAGAGUCGAAGACACGCAAAUAAUUUGUUUCAUUUUUCUUCUUCUAAAAGACAGUCAACCCAUAAUUAAUUUUUGGGUUAAAAGGGGGAACAAAUUGGUGUAAGGUGUUUGAAUAUCUUUUGGUUUGGGGCUCUACUUAGAUCCUUUGAUUUAAAAAAAAUACCUAGUGUUAUGGUCACAUUUUGGAGUGAUAUUGGAAUACCUACCUGAAAUAUUAUUCAGAAUCUUUUAUUGAGUUGUUACGUAACAGCUGUUAAAAAGAGCAAGGUUUCUUAAAAGGCACAGGACUCAAAACAUUUGGCUGCAUGCUUGAAUAAUAAUUUAUCUAAUGAUGUGGUAAUUUAGGUGAUGUGAUCACAGUACAAGUCUAGUUGACCAUUAACUUACCAUUAUUUGUGGAAAAUCAAGCAGAAUCCCAGUUUUUUUUUGCAGAUUUGGAGUUGAUUCUGCCCCUUUUUACAAUAAGAUCUCCAUGUUUAAGGUCCUUAACUUAAUUGAGUUUAUUUCUGUAAGAAAUGUUAAUUCCAACUUUGAAUAUAUUUUAGCCAAGGUAUUGUGGACAUAUGCAAAGCAAGAAAAAGAAUCAGGGCAAUUUUAAUUCUCGAUUGGUCUCUUUCAAAUUUCAAUAGCUUUGUAUUUUAAGACCUAAAAGCAACUCUGUGCUGACCCUUUAGAGAUUUAGCAUCCAGUGGCUAAUCAGCAGAAUCAAGUAUUAAUGGUGAUGUCAAGUAAGGCUUAGUUUUAUGAAUUAUAAUUGGGAAAGCAAGUCAAAAUGAUAAACCCGUUGGAUUCAUUCUUUAUCACAAACUGGAACAUCGUGUUACGUGAUCCAAUGACAGAAAUUAACUUUUUUUCUGUAUCUUCUGGACUAUUUUUAUUGUUAGUGUACUAAGUAUUAAAUUUUCUAUCACUUUUGACUGCAGGUCCAAACAUACGUAAAAAGUAAAGUUUAUUUUUCAUCUGAGUAUGAUUCAUAUUGAUUUCAAAUAUUGGGAGCCAGGAUCAAAAUUCUUUCAGGUGAAAGGGAAUGUCUUAUUAUUCUCUCUAGAAUUUUUCUUGGGGAUGAGGGAAAAGGUUAUCUACCAUACUUCAUAUCUAUAAUAGGCUUUUGCCAUUUCUUGUGAAGUUAUGUACUGAAGCAUGUCAGACUGAACUCAGUGGCACUACAGAAAUAGGGAAAUAACCAACUGAACACUUUUUAAACUAUGACUUGUUCAUUUCUGAGAAAUGAUACAUGGUAUAAAUAGGAGAGAUCUCUGCUACCAGUUGGAUGCUGUCUUGCUUACUUUGGUCCGUCCAUACAUUUUUAAUCACUCCACUUUUUCAAGAGUGUACAACCCUGUCACUAAUGGCCUUUGGUUUAUAUUUGAUUGCGUAUGCUCUGUGCUGAAUUGAAAGUGUACAACUUGCGUAUUUACUUAAGCCCUAUCACCCCUACUGGGGAGUAGGCUGCUGACAGUGGCUUGUCCUCUGAUCCUGUUGUCUUGGGUCAAUCUUUCACUUUGUCUCCAUGCUUAGUGCAUCUUCUUGGUGUGCCCUUCCUCUUCCAGGGAUGAAGUCGUUGGAGCUUCUGUUGGCAUUUCUGUAGUACUGAGUUCUUACAGGAUGGAGUUGCUAGCCCCAUGCCCGUCCCUCCUCCUUUUGCAGCCAGGCUUUGAACUGUCCAUAGCAGAGUUGGAAGUCAACUAACUAAAUGCUUUGUUAUGAAAUAAAGCUGGACAUCUGGGGGCCUUAGUUUUGCUCUGUACUUGAAAUUAUGCAAUUGAAUUGCGUUGCAGAGAGAAGAUUUUUCCAAAGCAUUCUUUUGAUCAGCUGGCCUUCAGCUUCAUUCAGUCCUGAUGGAGCACACCCAGGAAGUAGCAGAAUCACGUGGGUCAAUAGGACUGGCUGUAGUCUGCACUGCAGCUCUGCAUUUGAACUUAAAAAUUGUUCCUUCCUGAUUAAUUCCCACUGUCUCUCAAUGCUCUGGUUCUGCUUGCUUAGCAACGCAGUGUAUAAUGGUGGGAAUGAGGCAGGGAACCCAACCACACUGAUGCCUUUGUUCAAGUGUGGAGGCCAUAUAUCAUGCUCAUUCGGUAGUUAAUUCUGUUAUGUAUUUUUGGGAGGUAUGUAUAUGUUCCAACACAUACCUAUCAAACCAGUUCAAGGAAUGUCGCAUGGUAUAGUUAUUUUAUUUCCAACUCAGCUAGUUUGCAUUUUUAAACAGAGUAUAUUAAAUAUUCUGUGGAUGCUUGGCAAGUUUUGUGAAAAUUCUGAAGAAUCCAGGAAGUGGCUUAGUCCACUUUUGUAGCUUAAGAGAAACUUAACCACACAUUGGACUUCUUACAUUUUCGGUUAAUUUUGGAUGGAUAAAUCUCACAGCAGUGAUAGUGGCUGGUUUAGAUGUCUUGACUAAUAUUUAUAAUGAACAGAGCAGUAAGGAACCAUAGCAAUUAGAUUAAAACUUACCCUCUGUCACAGUGGUAAAUUUGGCAUGGGUUUUUGACUUGAUGUAACAUUGUCUAUUGAGAUGGCCAUGUCUGAGAGGGAGAAUGAAGCACACACAUAAGGUUUUGGUAUCACUGUUGCAAUGAAGUGCCACCAUAAUUUGUAAAAAUCAGCAGUCUCACUUCCUCGAGGUUUUCAAUGGUAAGCAGUACGUUUUGAGCUGCGAAUAAUCGGCAAAGGAAAUAGGCAAGUUAAUAACCAAAGCAAAUUUCAUUAAAAUAUGUCUGGAACCCCUUUUGAAAAUGACUAUCAUGGCACUGAUUUGAGUAAACGUGUGUGUGAACAUUUGCACUAUUUUGCCCUCAGUGAUGUAUCACCAUCUCUCGAAGCCAGAGGGCAUCAGUGGAGAAUCAUCAUGAAUUUCAGUGAAGGACAGAGCAUGAUAGUUAGAAUAUUGUAUAAUUUGAGAGACGUUUUAUACUGAUCAACUACUGAUCAGUUCUUUUUAGAACACCUGUAAAGAAAGAAAAGAAUUAGGACUUUGGUGGGGCAGGUAAAAGGAAAUUGUACGGAUAGCCCCAGGAUUUCCUCACCAUUCCCCCCCCCCAUUGGAACAGUUCAUUGAACAGCAAGCAUAGUUUGUAAGUGGGUUUGUUUUAGUUUGCACCAGGGACCUGAUGGACUUGUACUGUGCUUGGGGAGAACUGUUUAAUUUUACUGCUGCGU